CUGAUGCUCUCUGAUACUACCAGCUGAAUGGUGAUACGACGUAGCCUUGGUUACAGUGGCAAAGCCGCGAAAGGCCAGGUUGAGCAUCAGCACGCAAUUGGUGAAAACCGUCACGGACUUCGCCUAAUCGACAUGCAGUGGAGAUAAUCCAGAGGUCUAGAACCGGCCUUGCCAUCCUCGGCCGGUCUAUAACACUCAUGUUUUUUUCACUGAGUUGAGGGGGUUCCCCUCUCCGUUCCCCUCCCCGGUCCCCGUACUUCCCGAGGAAAUUUUCCUUCGUCUGGUGCCCUAAUCCCCUCCACACGCAAUGGCCGAGAAGACGGAGGUGACACUCAACCUCACUGCAGCAGCCCCAGGCUCUGAUAAGCCAGAGGAGGCCAGGGAUGUACCGGAUGCCACAGUACCCGCAACCGAAGGUCUUCAAGGGGGCUACCUCACGGGAUGGCGACUGUCGGCUCUCUUGCUAUGUCUGGGAGUGAGCACAUUUUUGACUGGCCUGAAUGAGAGUCUAGUCGCCACAGCCAUCCCCAAGAUCACCGUGCAUUUCCACUCAGUGGACGAUAUCGGGUGGUAUAGUACCGCUUAUUUCCUAUCUUCAUCUUGUACGAUCCUUCUUUUCGGCAGGUUGUACAACCAAUAUCCAGCCAAGCCAAUCUUAGCCGGAUCGAUCGCUUUGUUCGAGAUCGGCUGCCUCGUGAGCGGAACUGCGACUUCGUCCGCAGCUUUUAUCAUCGGCCGGCUUCUGUCUGGCUUCGGUUGCGCAGGGAUGAACACGGGCUGCUUAACAGUUCUAGCUCAUGCCGUCCCUCUUGAGCGCCGCCCCAUCUUUUCCGCCAUAAUCGAUGGCGGCUAUAGUGUUGCUUCGUCCUGCGGGCCAUUGCUCGGCGGAGCGAUUACCACUCGACUGUCGUGGCGAUGGUGCUUUCUCAUCAACACUCCCCCGGGGGCCCUGUGCAUUUUGGCCAUCCUUAUCGUCUAUCAGGAUCGGUACCUCCCUGCCGGUGCAUCGGAGCGGUUGGUGGACCAGAUUGCCCGCCUUGACUUGGGGGCCACCUUGCUUUUUGCAUCGUCCGUCACCUGUCUGGUUUUGCUGCUGCAAUGGGGGGGCAGCACCUUCCCAUGGUCGAGCCCGAAAGUGAUUGCCUUGUUCGUCUUGUUUGGCGUCUUUCUGGCCACUCUGAUCGGCCAUCAACUCUGGCGGGGGGAGGCUGCGAUGGUCCCGCGCCGCGUGGGCCGGCAGAGGGAGAUGGUCGGGGCAGCUGUAUAUGCCUUUUUUGUCGGAGGCACGGCCAAUAUUCUCGAGUACUACAUUCCCCUGUGGUUUCAAGAGGUCUGGACCGUGAGCGCACUGCGAUCCGGCAUCUAUACCAUUCCCAUGGUCGCCGGGUUCGUCGUGUUCAGUCUUGUCGCCGGGUUUGGCGUCUCGUCUACCGGAUACUAUCUGCCGUUCAUGUACUUGGGCAGCUGUGCGCUCAUUGCCGGAUCCGCGCUACUGACAACCAUCCACCCGGCUUCGCAGUUGGCCUCCUUGCUGGGCUUCGAGAUCCUGAUCGGUGUCGGCGGUGGCUCGGGGAUCCAACAGGCGUACUUGGUGGCUCAGGCCAUCUUGACCACGCAAGACGUGGCUAUUGGACUGGCUGUCAUCGUCAUGGCACAGACCUUGGGCGGGACGGUUUUGCUGUCCAUCGCCACCAGUGUGGUUCAGGAAGGAUUGGUAACCGCCACCAGCCGCGGUGACUCGCCAUCCAUCAGUGGUGCCAUCAUUCCGGCAUUUUACCUCGCCAUCGCGACCAGUGUUGGCUCCUUGGCGUCUCUGGCGCUGCUGAGAAUGCGGUCCAUCAAAGGCGAUGCGAGCGCAGCCAGGUAGCUUUAAGGCAUGUAUCUUAGUAGUCGGCCUUUUUUUUUUUUUUUUUUUUUUCUUUCUUUUUUU